UGUCAGUAUGGCGGAGACGGAUAUCAGAAACGUAGAAGUGACAGAUGUAAUUGAAAGCGUCGUGCCAGAUGAUGAGGGUAAAGAAAAGUUUAAGAAAGCUGAUCAGAUCUUGUUUUACAAGCGACAGAAAGCCAAACCUGCAUCUCAGUAUUGCGCUUUACUGGAUACCUUAGUCCUGAAAGAACAAGCAGCAAGUGUGGAGCUGUAUAAACCUCACUCUAAGGAAAAUCUGCUGGUCUUUAUACGAAAAAUUAAAAGUGGAGCCAUCAGAGUCACAAUCGAUGAGCUGCACCCUGUCAAAGAACGGUAUAAAGUAACAGAUGUCUUGACCAGAGACCCAGAAUAUGAGCCGUUGAGAAUUGAGUGGAAGAGAGCUGACUGUGUUUCACUGACGUGGGGUCCAGGACAGUACCAUGUCCAAAUUUUAGCUUCUCCUUUCAGCCUAGAGAUUCUUCAUAAGGAAGAGGUGCUUGUCACAUUCAACCGUGAAGGCAGGCUGUGCUUUGAGACACCAAGUGAUUCAGCCAGGUGCAUUUAUAAAAUGCAACCCUUAAGUUCACAUCAGGGGAAGGAAGAUUUUCUAGGGCUGUGGAAGGAGACCUUCAGACAGUUUCAGGACAUCAAAGCAAAUGGUCCCACUUCAGUAGGUAUUGACCUUAGCUUGCAUGGUUUUAGCCAUGCUUAUGGUCUUCCUGAACACGCUGAUUCUCUCCAGCUCAAGGACACGAGAGGUGGUGAGCCGUAUCGAUUGUACAACCUGGAUGUGUUUGCUUAUGAGAUCGGCAGCAGACUGGGACUGUAUGGUUCUGUUCCUCUGUUGUUAACUCACAAUCCGGACCGAACUCUAGGGGUGUUCUGGCUCAACGCCUCUGAGACUGUGGUGGAUCUGCAGUAUCAUUCAAACCAUCCUCAGGAUGAAGAUGGUCCCCCAGUGAAGAGGAGCAGAAUUAAUCAAACUAGUGUGAACUGGGUGUCAGAAAGUGGAAGAAUUGAUUGCUUUAUACUGCUGGGACCAUCUCCAUCCCAGUUGUUUUGGCAGUAUGCUCAGCUUACAGGAUACCAGGCCCUGCCCCCUCUGUUUUCUUUAGGCUAUCACCAGUGCCGUUGGAACUAUGAGAAUGAAGAGGAUGUUAGAGCUGUGAAUGCUGGCUUUGACCUCUAUGACAUUCCUUAUGAUGUGAUCUGGCUGGAUAUAGAGCACACCGAAGGAAAACGCUACUUUACAUGGGACUCCAAGCACUUUCCCAACCCAGUGGACAUGCAGCUUGAGCUACAGAUAAAGAAUAGGAAGCUGGUGGUUAUCAGUGAUCCUCAUAUUAAGGCUGAUCUCGAUUGGCCUUUUUUCUGUGAUGCAAGAGAUGGUGACCAUUUCGUGAAGAACAGAGAUGGUGGUGUUUACCAUGGAACUUGUUGGCCAGGUGAUUCCUGCUAUUUGGACUUCAGUAGCUCGAGGACAAGGUCAUGGUACGCCAGCCAGUUUUCAUUUGACAAGUACAAAGGAUCUACAGAGUCCUUAUUCGUGUGGAAUGAUAUGAACGAGCCCUCCGUCUUCAACGGACCUGAGCAGACGAUGCCUAAAGAUGCGGUUCACUCUGGAGGCUGGGAACACAGGGAACUGCACAACCUGUAUGGCUUCUUCCAGCACAUGGCUACUGCAGAGGGUUUAAUAACUCGAUCCGGCGGUCAGGAGAGACCAUUUGUUCUUUCCCGGUCCUUCUUUGCUGGCUCUCAGAGGAUGGGAGCAAUAUGGACAGGGGACAAUGUUGCUACCUGGGAGUAUCUGAAGAUCUCAAUCCCUAUGCUGUUGUCAUUAAGUAUCACUGGAAUACAGUUUUGUGGCGCUGAUGUCGGAGGUUUUGUGCAGGAUCCAGACCCUGAGUUGCUGGUACGUUGGUACCAGGCAGGAGCUCUGCAGCCCUUCUUUAGAGGCCACUCAGCCAAACAGACCAAGCGGCGUGAACCCUGGCUUUUUGAAGACACAGUCACUUCAGCAGUGAGAUUAGCAAUCCAACAGAGAUACUGCCUCCUGCCCUACUGGUAUACGCUCUUUCAUCUCGCACAUACCACAGCGUUGCCCCCUAUAAGACCACUGUGGGUGGAGUUCCCCAAGGAGACAGAAACCUUUACCUUGGACAAUCAGUACAUGAUUGGUAACGCUCUACUGGCGUGUCCUGUAACUGACCCAGGGGUCACAGACAUCAAGGUUUUAUUGCCAGGGCCAGAUCAGCAGCUGUGGUAUGAUAUCAGCAAUGGUACAGUGUACAGAGGAGGCAUGACUGUGACUCUUCCUGUGACUCUGGAGACGGUGCCUGUGUUUCAGCAUGGAGGAACAGUGGUACCCAGGAGAACAGACUGUGGCUCCUGCACAGCUGAUCUCCAGCAAUAUCCCUUCACUCUUACUGUAGCUCUGGACUCUGAGGGCAAUGCAGAGGGUGUGUUGUAUCUGGAUGAUGGACAUUCUUUUAGCUACAGGGACAAAAAGCAGUUCUGUCUGCGCAAGUUCACUGUGCAGUCUGGUAGACUUAUUAGCAGAUGUGCAGAUGAAGGCGUGUUCAUCUCUGAUUGCAAACUGGAAUCAGUGGUAAUUCUGGGUCAGAAGAAACUACACAGCAGUCCAACUUUAAAAUCAGAGGCAGGAAUGACCCCGGUCACAUUUAACUUUGAACCAAAGCAAGCUGUGCUGACAAUGACUGGUUUGGACCUGGACAUACACAAAGACUGGGAAAUAUAUGGCCUGACGUAAAAUUGGCUAAAAACAGGAUAAUAGCAUGCUGUGUGUAAAAAAAAACAUGUCAGUUCAUUAAAAACAUUUACCUUUAA